GGGAACGGGCCUGGAUAGCUUCGUGCAGCCAACAAGGACAGCAAAGUGAUAACGCAACGUUAGUGUGUCCGUGAUGUAAGUGUGAAUUCAACGUGGUUAUAAAACCAUAGAGAAACGGACAAAGAGAGACAACUCUAAAAUGGCUCACUCACAAGAGAAACGAUGGAACAGAUUCCAGAAAAAGAAAUAUGGAUAUUCGAUAUGCGUUUAUGCCAUGUUAUUUAUCAUUGGUUGGAUUCGAGGUCUGUUUGGGCCAUCCUUCAUAGAUUUACAGUUGAUUAGUGACGUCACGUUGAAACUUGGUUCGUGGAUAUCUACCGUGAAUUUCAUUGGAUAUGCCCUUGGGUGUGUGACUGGAGGAUUUUUAUAUGAUAAAAUAAAUCGGAACAUCUUUUACGGUACAGGUCUACUUCUAAUAGGGAUUGUGACAGCCGGUGUUCCUUGGUGCUUCGUCUUUGUGUUGAUGGCUGCGGCUCACUUUUGUCAGGGCUUUGCUUCGGGUAUGGUGGACACAGUUGGUAAUGCAGAGAUGAUGCAGAUGUGGAGCGACAAGAAAAUGAUGUACUUUUUUAUGGAGUUUUCUUACUCUGUAGGUGUGUUUAUAGCUCCCCUGGUUGUCGCCCCUUUCUUGUCAGAUUAUACAAACGACAUUUCUACUCAUCAGCACAUGAACAGCACGUUUGAUAAUGUCACAUACUUACAUAAUAUUUCAUCCAUUUCAACUGUUUCCAGCAACAUCCAAUUUCAGUCAUUUGGUAGAGCUGUGAAUAGCACUUUCGGUAAUGAAACAACUGGAAAUGUGACUAAGCACACAGAAAGACCUACCAUGACCUCUCGACUGUUUAUUCCAUAUUCGAUAAGUGCGGUUUUAGCAGUGUUAGUUUGUUUGCCUUUCUUCAUAUUGCAUUUUAUGAGAUAUAUGGAAACUAAUGAUGACAUAACGGAAGUCAAUGAUACAACAAAAGAAAUGAAACAGUCUUCAGCAGACGACAGAACAAUAAGAGUUUUGCCUACUAAACUAAAAGUAGUUUGUCUCGUACUAAUUUGCAGUUUAAUGUUCAUGGGUAUAUCACUAGGUGAGGGGUAUAUAUCUUUCAUUGUGGUGUACUGUGUAGAGGAAAUAGGGUUUUCCCCAACUGACGGGGCACUUGUCAGCGCUGUGUCUAAUGUGUGCUGUAUUGUGGCUAUAGUCGUAGCCAUAUUUGUCUCCCGUUUCAAUACUCUAGUUUACCUAGGAAUUCAUAUCGUUGGUACAUCGGUAGGCGUUACAGCGCUUUUAUUUAGUUCUAUAGGACAAUCCAAUUUAGGUGUAUGGAUAUCUUCAGCGAUGGUGGGCUACUUUAGAUCAAUGAUAUUUUCGUUGACCUUUACUUGGACAAAUAACUACAUCACACCAACAACGGGAAAGGUAGCCUCUCUGUUCAUGCUGUGUACGUGUUCUGGAUCUGCUGUGAUUCCACUCCUACUUGGCUGGCUAAUGGAGGAGUACACCAACCUUUGGUUCUGUUUCCUACUCAUUAUAUUUGGUGUGUGUACACUUAUAUUAUAUAUAAUAGGUAUGGUCCUUACAAGGUACGUCACAACAUUGUACGGUAAAACAUAUGACAGAAUUGCAGUACAUGACAUAUAUCUGACAGAAAGACUAAAUGACGAAGUAGAUGGGAUCGAUGUCGCUGUAUCAUCGAAAUAAUUCAAUAUUCAAUAAUUCAGGACAUCUAUUUCUCCAAUAGUUGCCCGUGAAAAUAAGUAAUUCACGCAUGAAAAGAUAAAACUGUCUUUCCCGCGUUAAAGACUGCCUGUACACGCACUCUGAAGUUAUGACGCAGUUUUGCAUACUUGACCCAGCGUCUUCCUCGAAUGACGUCGGCGUUGGAAACAGUUCUGUUGUGCUGACAGAUUUAAAUCGAUUAUGUUUGUACUUCUUAUAUUAUAUUAAAUUUGUUUGAUUUUAAAUAAAAAGAAAACCAUUGUUAACUUGGUGCUAUAA